AUGGCCGCAGAAGGGCAUAAUGUUGAUGCAAACUUGGUGGAAAUGAGACCAAACCACGGCCACUAUUUUGUGAAAAAGACAUUUGGAAAACCAACAUACUGUCAUCACUGUUGUGAUAAAAUAUGGGGCAUGUUGACUACCGGAUACAGUUGUGAAAGUGAGUUAUCAUUCUCAUUUGUGUAUUUUUUACAUAGCAUGUCCCUUUAUUCAUUUGUAUUUUUGUCUGUCCCUACUUUUUCAUUUCAAACAAAAUAAAAAUACCGGAAAAAAUGAACACGUACGAGUCAAACAGAGAAAUUACCACCCACGUCAUAACCCCAUAAAAAAACUGAAAUUUCAGUGUGUAACUUCAUAUGCCACGAAAAAUGUCUUCGAACAGUCGUCUCCUACUGUAGCAGUGUAGCUCUCCAACUUAUAAAAAACCCAGUAGCACACACUUGGUCAGCCCCAUGCCUCAUAAAACGUAAAUACUGUUGUGUAUGCCGAAAGCGAACUGAUGAAGCUAUGUCAGUGGAAUGCGAAGGUAUCUGAACAUUUUUUAAUUGUAUGUUCAAUAAGCUUUAAUUUAGUGUGCGAAUAUUACGUUCAUGUCGACUGUUCCGAUCUUGCCGUGUCGGACUGCAAAGAAGCAGCAACAUAUGUGGCUAACAUGGAAACGGUAUAUUUUUAAUGGAAAAAAUUAGAAAAGUUUUAUUUUGUUUUUCACCACGCAUUUUCCGAAUCUGUCCACUAGAGUGGACCGGGCCGGGUUGAUUUUAAAACGAGUUAAGUUUUGAAUAGAUAAUUUUGUAGGUACAGAUUUCCUUGUUCGUUUUAAGCUGAAAGUGAAACUUUACAUUAAGGCUAAUACCAUUCAAUAUCAUCACAUGCGCGAGGGAAAUCUUCCGAAGGAAUCGAAAUGUGUUGUGUGCAGAAAAACGUGCUUCUCUACAGAAUGUCUUGCUGGGAUGAGAUGCGAAUGGUGUGGACAAACGGUACGUGAAUAAAUUUCUUUUCUAUAACCCAUUCUCUGUAAGACUGGAGCAUGCCAUAGUUAGCGUAGACGCUAAUAUGUCCCAUAGGCGCAAUACAGGGUCCCAGCUCCGGGUUACGGUUGUACGGUAGGUGCUCAAAGGUGCACAACUCAAAAUUGAAAAAAAAAAAUCGUAAAAGCUAAGUAUUUUCUAGCAUUGAAUGCUCAAAAGUUGCAGAGUUUCACCGAGAUGGCAUGCUCGAUUCAUAUGGAGAGAUAUAGAGAGCGAGAGAGAGAGAGAGAGAGAGAAUUAAAGACAGUGCACCCUUUUUUUUGGUUGUUGGUCAAUAGCCCAUUUUCUCAACUGUUCUGAAAAAUUGGAAGGGUUGGAAAAGUUAGAGAUGUACCAAUUAUCAAAAUCUCUAACGGGGAGAAUUAACUUUGAAAUUCCCGAUAGUAAAUAGAUGCAAAUCAAACUUGUAACAUUUGAUCAGAAAGUUACAAGUUUUCAAAAAUCAAUAGUAAAAGUCAAUAAGAUAUGCAUGACAAGGUUUCUCCUUAUAUUUCAGGCACACGCUCUCUGCUACCGACAGAUGGACAAAGAAUGUGACUUUGGAGUUCUCAGAAAAAUUAUGCUACCUCCAAUGUGUUUAACAAUUCCUCGCACUGAAUUGCCAAUGGAACAACUUCUGAACAUCUCUUCGCAUGAUCAACCACAGUCUCGUAAGGGUCAGAUUUCUCACUAUCCUUUCUGUCGGCCUGGUCAGAAACAUUUUUAAAUCUGUUGUUGAGUUUUAUGCCGACUAGAUCUGGAUAGUGAAUCAAACUACGGACGUAGAUUUAAAAAUAUAGAAAAAAUUCUGAACAUGCAAUGAAUUAUAAAAAAAUUAACUGUUUAGUGAACAAACAAAUUCGGUUCAAGUCCAAGGUCUCAUAGAAAUACAGGGAUCCAGUAGAAUUACAGGAGUCCCAAAGUAUUCCAAGAAGUACUCAAAAUGUUACAAGGGUCUUAAAAAUUAGUAAAAAUAAAACAAAGACUUUAAAAAUGAGGAACAAAGGGUUUCAAUUCCGAAUAGAGUGUUAUUAGGUUGAUCAAUAAAUUUCGAUCUUUUUUGGAUUUUUUUCUCGUUGGAUUUUUCUUGAUUCCAGGUUUUGAUGAAACUAGAGACGCAUACUCAAUGUACUCCUUUUGGUCGAAUCUCGUUAAUUUAAGAUGCUUACCACAAGAGAAACGAUUUUUUAAAGACACCCAAAAAAGUGACCGUUUUCAAAAUGAAAUAGUUCCGGACUUGGGGCACCUGAUUUUUUCUAUAUUGAAGGUAGUCUGGGACACAUAGAAUAACCAUCCUUGAUACCCUAAUUUUAUUUUGCAUUCCGAAGUAGAAAAAAUGUUGCAUUCCGAGGUAUAAAAUAUUGAAACUUAUUGAUCAACCUAAUAGAAAUCUUUUAGACUAUGAAGCUAAAUAUUUUGAGCUGGUUCCUGGAACUCCUGUAAUUUCUUAGAGCCCUUGUAUUUUCAAGGGACCUCUGUAUCGGACUUACAAGGAAUGCACCCGGAUUGCAUCUUCUGGUUUUUCUCGGAACCAGGAGGAAUUGGUAGGCCACAGUGACGGUAUCUUCCGAAUUCCGUUUUCUACAAAAGGGAGGAAGAGCCGGAAGGGAAACUUCGAUUCUUUUGACGGAGAUACGAUUUUUUUUUUUUAAAAGUACAAUUUUUCGACAUUUUUCAUCAUACCUCGGCUAAACCGCAAAUAGGUGGGUAAAGCCGUUACACGGUAUAUAUCCUCACUGGGGUCUACCAAUCCUACUGGUCCCGAGCAAAACCAGAGGAUGCAAUCCGGGUGCAUUCCUUGUUAGACCAUGAAAUCAAUAGAUAGACUUUCUUUGCUAACAUCGAACUUUAGCGUUAAUUGAAAUUAUCCACAUCCGGGAACGUAGUGAGGUACGUCAAAAAUCAAAAUUGAAAUUUGCGUCAAUUUGAUGGGUCUGACCGCCAACUAAUUUUGCAGCGACUUACAUCAGCAGUGUUAUUUUGAAACUGAAUUUCAAAUUUGACCACCCGCAAAAACGGCUGGCCUUAAUGUAUUCUCAGCGCGCGUUUACAGCAACAUACCUCUCUGCGCUCCCGUGCUCACUACCUAUCAGAAUUGCGUUAAUAUUUUUUUUUUCAGUUUCUUCGCCAUCCAAGAUUCAAGCAGAUGAUAUUUCAACGUCGGGAGACGAUGUGAAGGAACGGGACGAUUUUGAAGUCAUCCGAGUUUUUGACGGAAAUAACUCUUAUAGACUUCAGGUAAUUCCGUUCUUUGGGCGGUAAUUAGAAACGGAAUUUUACGAGUACAGAUUUUAGGGAUAUUGCGGAGUUUUGGGAAAAUUCGGUUAUAACCCCCCACGCCGUUAGACCAUUGUAUGCCAAUCUAAUAAUUGACAACAUGUUUUCAGAACUCUCGAAAUAUUGUGGUAGCCAAACACGUUUCUGUGCAACAAGUUCGAGAUGCUGCUCUCCGUCGUUUCCAUAUAAAUGAUGCACCGGAAAGAUAUUACAUCACCCAAGUAGUUGGUGAAGGUACUAUAAUCGAAUAGAGUUCUUUUCACAUCAGAGCUGUAUGGAAGUAAAUUUUAGUUUUGCCGAUUUUUUAAUGAAAACCUGUGGGUCUUUUUUCCAGUAUUCGGUAUAAAUUUUUUCCGUUUUCCCGUUUCAGGAUUACCAACUUUUCGGAAAAAAGAAACAUGAAAACUGAAGUUUCCUUUUUCGAAAAAAAAAAGAAAACAAAGCAAACAGAAUUCCUUACAGCUCUGUGUCACAUUCACUGUUAACUUUCUUUCAGUAGAAGAAGAAAUUCUUGAAGACCCAGUUCCUUUACGAAAUGUGAAACGACCGGAAGGAAAACGUGCUCAAAUAUUUAUCAGAUACUACGAUGAUCCAGAUAAAGACGAAGUGAAAGUAUAUGGAGGAUGGUUACGUAAAGUGCCAGUAACGUUCUGCGGAAUCCCCGUCAGCAAAGACACAAUAGUUCAAGAUUUAAUAACAGAUGCUUUAUUUCAUUUUGGUUUGGAUGGAUCAUAUUGGAACCGGUACAAUUUGAUCGAAGUUUCAUUGGAUCGAGGUGUUGCCGAAAGAACUUGUAACCCUCAAGAAAACGUCCUACAGCUUGUACGGAACUUAAGAAAGGUAUUCAAACUGAAAAACUCAGAAUUCAUGAUAAUAGGGAAUUCUUUAUUAGCCUGACAUGUGGCAAUAUUUUGCUUCUAACAUACCUUUAACCUUUUUGGAGAAAAUUAGAAAAUAAUCGUUUCCGGACAAAGAGAACAAUGUAAAUUGCAUCGAACUUUGGGUAAAACACUAGUUAAGAAAAAAAACGAUUCGAAGAGCCUUGAAAGCUUAUCCCAAGGAACACAAGUAAUACGUCCCAAGAAAAAUUUUGGAAUCCCGGAAAAGCUGGGGUGAUCGGACUUAUACAUUCAAACUUUUUUUUUACAGGAUUCUCUCCGUCGUUACCACGUAGUUAGAUUUUACGUCCAAGAAAAAGAAGAUCCUCAUGAUCACGCUGUUUUUGUUGGUAACUUACCUGUUUCGCUUGCACAACGUCAAUAUGAACGAAUACUUUUAAAACUUUUAGGAGCUAAAGGUAAAACACGGUUGGAUGCCAUAAUAUAAAAUAAAAUUGAUAAUAUACAGAAAAACCAUUCACUGCUAUUGGACCAAUUUACUUUGAAUAUGGAAGCCUUAUCAUCACUUUCAAUACACCGAAAGCGGCAACUGCGGCAGUUCAGAAACUGCAAGCUGCUAUUUAUGAGGAUAAAAAACUGAUUGUCUUAUGUUUACCUAACGUUCAACCGCAAAUGAUUCCCAAAGACGUUGAACCUCUACUCGUGCUUGUCAAUGUAAAGUCCGGUGGCUGUCAAGGAACAGAGCUUAUUCAAUCAUUUCGUAAGCUGUUGAAUCCAUUCCAAGUUUUCGAUGUUCUGAACGGAGGGCCAUUGGUUGGGCUGUAUGUAUUCCGAAAUAUUCCGAAAUACAAAAUACUCGCAUGUGGAGGAGAUGGAACUAUUGGAUGGGUCCUGCAGUGCUUGGAUAUUGCAAAACAGGUAAGACAUUCUGCGUAAACAGUAGGAGUAACUCUCAGAGGAUUAGAAUUAAAUUAUGUAUCUAAUUUUGUAAUUUCUCGACGGAAAAGACUACAAAUUCCUGAAAAAUUUCAGGAUGCUGCUUGCUUCUCACCGCCAUGUGGAAUUGUACCACUUGGUACAGGAAAUGACCUUGCUCGAGUUCUACGGUGGGGAGGAGGAUACACAGGAGAGGAAAAUCCGAUGGACAUUUUGAAAGAUGUUAUUGAAGCAGACACUGUAAAACUAGACAGAUGGGCGGUCGUUUUUCACGAGGAAGAGCGAAAUCAACCAACAUCUUCUGGAACACAAACGGAAAUGAGUGAACAGACAAUGAACAAUCCUGAAGAUCAAACUUCCAUGAUAAUAAUGAACAACUAUUUCGGAAUUGGAAUUGAUGCGGAUGUGUGUCUGAAGUUUCACAACAAGGUAUUACUUUGAAAAUUCUAACUUUGACGCAAGAAAACCUGAAAAAAAAACAAAAAAAAACAAUUAAUCCCAGAAUGAAGAACUUCUACUUAUUUCAGCGUGAUGCGAAUCCGGAGAAGUUUCAGUCAAGGUUGUUCAACAAAACACAAUAUGCAAAAAUUGGAUUGCAAAAAAUGUUCUUUGAAAGAACGUGCAAAGACUUGUGGAAACGCAUUGAACUAGAAGUAUGUUUUUUUUCCAAAAAAUACAUCCAAACUCAAAUUAUAUUGCUUAAGGUGGAUGGACGCACAAUCGAGCUACCAAACAUUGAGGGGAUUGUUGUUCUAAAUUUACUCAGCUGGGGAAGUGGAGCUAAUCCUUGGGGAACGUCAAGAGAAGAAGGCAAUUUCUUCAAGCCUACUCAUUAUGACGGACUACUAGAAGUACUAUUACUGAACAGUAAGAAACGCUAAUUAGUUUCAUUUAAGGUUGUUGGGAUAUCCGACGUUUCCCGACUUGGUCUCAUUCAAUCGAAACUUGCUGCUGGUAUUAGAAUAGCUCAAGGAGGAAGUGUAGGUUUUAUAAAUCAGAUAUACAUUAAGAAUCGAAAUAGUUUAUUGAAAAAUUUGUGAUUUCUCUCAAAGAUUCUCCAUUUCUUAAACGGUUAUUCAAAGAGGGUUGAACCAGUCCAAUCUUCCACGAAACUAUUGCAGCCGAAGAAGUCUGGCAAUUGCGUGCCAGAAUUUUGAGGUGCUAAUACAACAUAUGCUAGCAUUUAGUUUCAGUUGUAUUAAAAUAUACAAAAAAUUUAAAAACUGAAGAAAUGUACAGGGUGGAAAUCAAGUGUACAACGUUUUCAUAUUGCUGCUAUCGGGCCAGAAAAAUUUAUAUAAUUGCGCCCAUUGUGCAAAAAUAUUGAUAAUGGUUCAAAUAUUUAGUUUAUGAACGAUUUGAGUAUUCGCUGUUGUCAUUUGAAUUUUUGUGUCAACAUUAGAAUCUUGUCAAACGUGGCCUGCGGAGCAAGUUUCACUCACCUUUCAGGACCCGAAAAAUUUGGGAACUCUUUCCAAGUUACAAAAAAAUAGUAAGAGAUAGACAAUACCAUUAGGGUUAUAGAAAAAAUUCAAAAACGUUGUAUACUUAAUUGCCACCUUGUAGAUUUUAGCGAUUUGUCACUAGUUUUUCGAAUACAAGUGCAGAUUUUGGAGUCGUUUUUGAAGUGCCCCAUAAUAACAUAGGGGAUUAUACAUGAGAAGCAUGAACAAACAUUACUGGGGUUUCCGACAGAAGUGAGUUAAAUGUGAGUUACGUCGCUGGAAUUAAUCAACAUGCAUAUAAGAAUAGUAAAACGUCAACUAGCGCCUCUUCAAAAUUUUUUUCUUUUCUGAUUCAAAAGGUAGAACCAAACACAAAAGUCUAUUAAAAACUCAAAUUUUGGACUGCUAUCAAAAUUUUUCCGGACAGCAGCAGCAAUAUAGAAACGUUUCAUACUUGAUCGCUACCCUGUAUGACUAGAGCUGAACUUUUUUGACGGCUAAAAUGUGAAAACGUGGAGCGACUCCAGUUGUGACAUAAUCUACGAGGUUUUGAAGAUAAUAAGAUGAUUUUUGAACAAAUCGGACCCACUUCUUCCCAUUUCAGAUACGUAUAACAACGCACGAAGAGUGGCCUGUUCAAGUAGACGGAGAGCCUCAUAUCCAACCGCCGGGAACAAUAACAAUCUUGAAAUCUGCUUUGAAGGUAUUUUCGACCUUUUUUUUCUGACGGACCAAACGGUUUCACGCUAGUUCCUCAUAUGGGUCAGAUCGGAUUAGCCUGGAAUUUUCGUGAUUUCUCGUAACACAUCAUGUUUGAAUCAUACGGAAAACAUGCCUUGAGCAGUUUGAUUACUUCACAGAAAUGUAAAAACACGAGCUGUUGCUCAAAAAAGUUUUUCAACGUUUUUUUUCUUCAUAAUUUAUCGUUUUUUCCUUUGAAAACAGAACCAGGUUUAUCACAAUAAGAAAAUUAAUAAAACAGGUAUCAACAUUAAAAAAGCGGUUAUGCGGCUACUGUAAGAGUAACGUAUUUUUAUUGUUCAUAUUCGAUGUGGAUCAUCUUUGCUUAUAAAUUCCUAAUUUACGCUCAAUAACGGCCAGAUGUUUUUUUUUGUCUCAGGAGUUUCAUAUUUCUUUAAAAUAUACAGCUUUGCUUCAGUGCGGUUUCAAUCGAGUCGUUUUACAGGCGCAAAUGUUGAAAAAAGCGAAAAAAACGCGUCGUGGUGGAAUGACUGUAGUUUCUCACCCGAAUCCAGAAAGCUCUGAAUCGAUGUCAGGACCUCUUGGAGUCCCCUCGACACUUGGUGACCCACAUCACGGAAAGACAACUCCUGAUAACACACUCGGGGAUUCAGAUGAAGAAGGAGACGCUUUUCUUUGA